AUGAUGGUGCCAUUCACCAAGCUGAAGACUUCAAACUCAAAAGCUCUGUCUGGCGGUUUCGAUCCAUUUUCAUCUGUCCUUAAGAUUGCUUAUCAGACCGCAGCCACCAAAACGGUGAAGCAGAUUGAGAGGAGGUAUACUUUUCAGGAAGCCUUGAACAGUGCAGGAGAUAAACUCGUAGUAGUCGACUUCUCAGCCACGUGGUGUGGACCUUGCAAAAUGAUCAAGCAUUUUUUUCAUUUCCUUUCUGAGAAGUAUUCCAAUGUGGUGCUCCUUGAGGUAAAUGUCUAUGACUGUCAGGAUGUUGCUUCAGAGCAUGAAGCCAAAUGCAUGCCUUCUCUUAGUUUUUUUAAAAAGGGACAAAAGGUGAGUGAAUUUUCUGGAGCUGAUAAGGAAAAACUUGAAGUCAUCAUUAAUGAAUUAAUCUAA